AUGGCGCCUUUCCAGCAAACUGGCGCUGCCAUACUUGUACUCAGCACGUACAUACUGUCACUAUGCAGUGCACUGAGCAGAAGAUCUCUAGUCACGACACCAGGGAUCCCGAACGGCCACUGGGUCGAUACGUGGACGGCCAUGCCGCAACUGACAGAGUACACGAAUCUGCCACCAGCACCAUAUAACACUUCGACGGUGAUAUUCAACAACAGCACGAUUCGUCAGACGCUGCAUACAUCCAUAGGCGCAUCGCAGAUCAGAAUCCGCAUCUCCAACGCUUUCGGCUUGACCGACUUGCCCAUCACGAGCAUGACAAUCGCUCUGCCGUACAAUGGUUCGGCUGGGACGAGUGCGAUCCAGCCGUCGACGCUGCAGACCGUCACAUUCAGUGGUGGCGAAGAGUCGAUAGUCAUCCCGGAUGGGGCGCUGGGCGUGUCGGAUCCUCUGGAUUUCCCUGUCGAGGCUCAAUCUAUGAUCAGCGUGACCACGUACCUCGCCGCGGGACAGGAAGGGACACACAUCACCAGUCAUCCGGGCAGUCGCACGACAAGCUGGAUGACGGUGGGAAAUCAGGUCGGGGCGACGAAUCUGACGGGGCCGGAGUUGAAUAGUACUGCUCAUUGGUACUUUCUGUCCGCCCUCGAAGCAUGGUCACCACCCACCGUCCAUGCAUUUUCCAUCAUAGGUGAUUCCAUCACCGACGGUCGAGGCAGUGACACGGACAUGAACAAUCGAUGGCCUGACCUGCUCCUCGCACGUCUUCAGUCCAGCGGUGAUUCAAUGCUCGCCUCCAUCGCCGUAUCCAAUCAAGCCGCAGGUGGCAAUCGGAUUCUCGAGGACGGUCUCGGUCCCAGCGUUCUUUCGCGUGUUGACCGAGACGUCCUCUCCCACGUCGGGGUCAAGUACGCCAUGAUCUUCGAGGGCGUCAACGACAUCGGCACUGCGGACGAGACCGCCGCGAACCUGACCAUCACAUACGACAGGCUCAUCGCGGCGUAUAAGCAGAUCGCGACGCGGAUCCACGCCUUCAACAUCCCAUUGUUCGCCGCGACGAUUACGCCGUUCUCGGCGCCCGGCGGGAACACGACGCUGCAGCCCUAUACGAGUGCGUUGCGCGAGCAGACCAGGCAGAAAGUGAACGACUUUAUUCGCCACUCGGGCACGUUUGACGCUGUUUUGGACUUUGACGCCGUUGUUAGAAACGAUACGGUGCCGAGUCAGUUGGCGGAUGCAUUGCAGUCGGGAGAUUACCUGCAUCCGAAUGAGGCCGGCUAUCAUUUGUUGGCCGAGUCGAUUGAUUUGAACCUGUUUGCCAGAUUCGCGAAUGGCGUCGAUGGCUUUGUUUGA